UCAGUUUUUAUGCAUUUUUACUUUUUUUGUAGUGUUAGAUUGAAAACAAAAAUAGCUCUCACCCAGUUAAGGACUCAUUGCGUCCUCAUGAUGGCUGAAGGUAUAACUUUUUAAUGGUUUUAUAUUUUAAGAUUUUUCUUUUUUGGUUAUGUUAUUUAACUUCUCUCCCACCAUAACUGUUAAAUUCAAAAAAUAAAAUUAGUUAAUUAACCCUUUACAGGCCGGUUUCUGUGAUGUAUCACUCAUUUUUAUACAAAAAAACACCCCAAAAGUGAAAUAAUUUCAGUUUACAAGAGGCUGGAGGAAUAUUUUUUUAAUACUUAGAUCUGCCUGAGGUCUGUCAAUUUUCAUGCAGAAUAUUAGUUCAUAUGCAUUGUUACUUUUUGUACAGUGUAAGAUUAAAGUAAAAGACUCAUUGAGUCCCCUAUUCAAUUCCAUGUAAUUUUUUUGAGAACAAUGGGUGAACCCUUGGCUGAAAGAGUUACUGAAAAAGUUACUCUUCAACGCUCUCACUGGAGGGCUGGCAGUAGAAUACCCUGACGCCAUGCUCCUUACAGGCGGUGCGUUUGCAUUUGAAGCAGACAGUGUCCACUUUUCCUCUCUUUGUGCCCGUGCACAGAACACACAAGCGCCGACCAGGACACCUCCUCUUUGGCUGGCUGGAUCAGCCGUUAGCUGGUGGCAGGUUGCUGCCGUUCCUCUGGCUGGCCGUGUUGGAGGCUGCUAUAAUAUGGGGUCAGAUCAGUCUCAUAAUGAAUGAACUCACGCAGGGUUUUUCACAAAUGCACAUGCUCUGGUUCGCAGAUGUAUUUCGGACUCACUAAUGCACACGAUCUGUUUAUCAUUGCACACGCUCUGGUUCGCAGAUGUAUUUCGGACUCACUAAUGCACACGAUCUGUUUAUCAUUGCACACGCUCUGGUUCACAAAUAUAAUGUUUAUACAAAAUCAAAUUUAUGAUUCUGAUUGACAGAUUCAUCAGUUAAUCAGGUGUGCUCGCUUUCAGCCAAUUGUUUUGCUCCUUACAUUUUCUCCACACUUUCAUUCAAACAUGUUACUUGGCUAAGCAGAACGCUUCAACUCAUUAUAAUUCAAUAACAUUGCAUGAUUUACAACGAGGGGAUAAUAAGAUAAAUGUGUUACUUAGAGGUUGAGAUUGAUCCAUGUCUCUUCCAGCGUUUCAGUCUAGCGCGUCUUGGUUGAACACUGCAGUAGCUCAGUAGCUCUGCGAUUGGUUUAAAAGUGUGGAGAAAAUGUAAGGAGCCAUACGAUUGUAUAAAAAUGAGUAGUACAUGACAGAAACCGGCCUGUAAAGGGUUAAUUAACUAAUUUUAUUUUUUGAAUUAUAGCAGUCAUGGUGGGAGAGAAGUUAAAUAACAUAACCAAAAAAGAAAAAUCUUAAAAUAUAAAACUAUUAAAAAGUUAUACCUUCAGCCAUCAUGAGGACGCAAUGAGUCCUUAACUGGGUGAGAGCUAUUUUUGUUUUCAAUCUAACACUACAAAAAAAGUAAAAAUGCAUAAAAACUGAUAUUCCCCAUAAACAUUGCCUGAGGUCAGACAGUUGUGAUCAUUUAAAAAAAUCCCUAAAAAACUAGAGAAUAUUUCAUUUUUGGGGUGUUUUUUGUAUAAAAAUGAGUGGUACAUGACAGAAACCGGCCUGUAAAGGGUUAAUUAACUAAUUUUAUUGUUUGAAUUAUAACAGUCAUGGUGGGACAGAAGUUAAAUAACAUAACAAAAAAAUAAUAAUCUUAAAAGAUAAAACCAUUAAAAAGUUAUGACUUCAACCAUCACAAGGACUCAAUGAGUCCUUACUGGGUGAGAGCUAUAAAUUUAAUUACACAUUGAAAAAAAAACUUAGCUUUUUUUUUUUUUUUUUUUUUUUUUCAACAUGAACAGAUAAAGGCAAAACUUCCCCAAAGCAUUUUGCUAAAGCAUGAUUGCAGCCAAAAUGCUGCUCAAUAGAGGAACGGGCGAGGACUCAUUGAGUCCUUGCAGGGUGUAAGGGUUAAAUGGUCACAUGUACAUCAGUCAUAUUCAGACGGUGACACGGUGCUUGUAUCUGCAGCUCUGAUGAAACUCUGAUGUGUUAAAGAAAGAAAAAGAUUACAGGACACACGGAGACGAGGUCUGAAGCUGAAGAGCUGAACGUUCACACGAAAUAUUAAAACAUUCAUCUUCACAAUGAGUUCAGUUCAGGGAAGUGAUUCAACUGUUCCAAGGAUAAAGUGUAACAUGAUCUAACAGCUGUAACGAGAGAUCAAUACACAAUAUCAACUGCUUCAGUUUUUAAUAAAGUCAAAAUGAGAUCAUCUGUAAACGUUUAUUAGAUCAGAGUUCAGGACGUCUUUAUAAAUAAAGCUUUGAAAACUAAGGAUGACUUCACACUGGAGGACGUUAAACUGCAGCAGAGCUGUCGUACAGAGAGACGCCUCUGAGCUCAAGGUCACAGUGACCUUCACUUUUGACCUUUGAACACCAAAUUCUAUUCAGUUCAUUACUGUUGACUCCAAGUGAACGUUUGUUUUCCCUCGAGGCGUUCUUGAGAUAUCACGUGCAUAAGAAUGGGAUGGACGGACAGGUGCAUGGACAGACAGGUGCAUGGACGGAUGGAUGGAUGGAUGGACAGACAUGUGGAUGGAUGGACAGACAGGUGCAUGGACGGACAGGUGGAUGGACAGACAGGUGCAUGGACGGACAGGUGGAUGGACAGACAGGUGGAUGGAGGGACAGGUGCAUGGACAGACAGGUGGAUGGACAGACAGGUGGAUGGAUGGACAGACAGGUGCAUGGACAGACAGGUGGAUGGACAGACAGGUGCAUGGACAGACAGGUGGAUGGACGGACAGGUGGAUGGACAGACAGGUGCAUGGAUGGACAGGUGCAUGGAUGGACAGGUAGAUGGAUGGACAGACAGGUGGAUGGACAGACAGGUGCAUGGACAGACAGGUGGAUGGACGGACAGGUGGAUGGACAGACAGGUGCAUGGACGGACAGGUGCAUGGACGGACAGGUGCAUGGACGGAUGGAUGGAUGGACAGACAGGUGGAUGGAUGGACAGACAGGUACAUGGACGGACAGGUGGAUGGACAGACAGGUGGAUGGACAGCUGGAUGGACAUACAGGUGGAUGGAUGGACAGACAGGUGGAUGGACAUACAGGUGGAUGGACAGACAGGUGGAUGGAUGGACGGACAGGUGGAUGGACAUACAGGUGGAUGGAUGGACAGGUGGAUGGAUGGACAGACAGGUGGAUGGACAUACAGGUGGACGGACAGGUGGAUGGACAUACAGGUGGAUGGAUGGACAGACAGGUGGAUGGACAAGUGGAUGGACAGACAGGUGGAUGGACAAACAGGUGGAUGGAUGGACAAACAGGUGGAUGGACGGACAGGUGGAUGGACAGACAGGUGGAUGGACGGACAAGUGGAUGGACAGACAGGGGAUGGAUGGACAUACACGUGGGUGGACAGACAGGUGGAUGGACAAACAGGUGGACGAACAGGUGGAUGGACAUACACGUGGAUGGACAGACAGGUGGAUGGACAUACAGGUGGAUGGAUGGACAAACAGGUGGAUGGACAGACAGGUGGAUGGACAGACAGGUGAUGGAUGGACAGACAGGUGGAUGGACAGACAGGUGGACAAACAGGUGGAUGGACAAACAGGUGGAUGGACAGGUGGAUUUCUGUCAGCGGAGUCAUUUUUUUCCGAACAGCUGAUUGGCCAGUGGGUGGUGCUUUUUAUAGGAUCAGAUUCAACCCUGAACUUACCCUGCUCCGGAGCAGGAUAGCCGUUCAGAGUAAGUUACCAUGGUGAUCUACCCCGAUAAGAACUGAACCGGCUUCGUGAGACCCGAAAACCCAGGGUUAACCCUGAAGUUACCUCGCUAAGACAUUAAUCCUGCUUCGUGAUACAGGCCCCUGCUCUCACCUCCGUGUUGUCUCACAACACAAACACUUCACCAGCGCUGACGGUGUCUCUGUGAGACGGCCGAUAAAGAGGUAAAACAUUCACAUUGCUGUAGCGCCAACACAUCAUACAGUGACAUCACAUGGUGACAUCACACAGUGACAUAUUGAGUUCUGGUGCUGUGUGAUGCAGUUGCAUGUCAUUACACUGACAUUAGUCAUGUGACUGACUGCUCGUUAGAAACAGUAAAUGAUUCUGCAGGUGGACGAAGAGUCGUCAAAAAACCAUGUCAGCAGAGUUUGAAAUAAAACUUAAUAACGUCAGUGUGAAUAUUCUGAUCAAAAUAAA